AUGGCCGGCAACGCUAUGCGCACUGUCGAGGAGCCCAUCAUGGACCUCACCAACAUGCCCCAUAUCACUAAACACCCUCGCGACAAUACCCUCAGGGGUCCGGUUUAUCACGCGCUCGCCAAGCUCCUUGGCUUCAAGCCGACUUUACGACAAGCUUUGGAGAUGCGGUGGAUUCUGCUCCUCAUCAUCGAUACCAUGCGCAAGCUUGGAGAUCCCGCCGCCACAGACAAGGAUACUUGGAUAGAAGACAUCUCCGACUUGGGAGAACAUGGUGGAGGCUUGCGCCAAGCGACCGCCGAGAUGAUUGCCGCCUUCUUCAAGAACGCCCCUUGGGGGCUACACAGACAAGCUCCUGCCUCGUCUUUCGAGAUGGUGCUCACUGUCAACGGCAUCCAUGCGGGCGUCGGAGAGUUCAGUCGGAGGCUCGCGGCGGAGCUAAAACAGGCGGAAGGACGGGGUGUCAAUCUGGGGAUGUACGAUGUCGGAGAAGCUGGAUCCGAUACAGAGGGCGCAGAUGAUGAGAUGGAGUCCGAGCAGAGACCUACCGUCACAGCCCGCAAGCCGAAACAGCAGGAGUCAGCCGCCUCCAAAGUUUCCAGUGCAGUGCAGAAGAGGCGUAAGAAGCAAAUCAACAAGCACGUCGCCGGUUCAGGCAAUCACGAGCACGGCAGAGCCAUUCCUUGGACCACUCCCGAGCACAUGGGUCUUCUGGAACUCUACCGCGACAAUCCAGACCGCAAGACGGUAUCCCACCCGCGCAUCGCUGAGCUUCACAAUGCUCGAUUCUGGCCGAAACUGGGCGAGGGCCGCACCCAAGCUGCAGUGUCGCAGCAAUACCUCAAGCUUGUACAGCACGACCUCGCUCGUAUCCCGGCGAAAUUGGCGGAGCUCCAGGCUCUGCUCGAAGCCGAGAGACAAACCUCGAUUUGA